UCCCGCGUCCCCGUCCAGAUCCCAGCAUGCCUUCCGAGACGCCCCAAGCAGACGGGUCCGCGGCAUGCCCCCACCUCUCAGGGGCACAGCUGGGGAAAGGGAGCCUGGAGAAGAGGCCCCCGGGGGACAAAGAAGCCAAGGAACGCCUGUGGAUCCGUCCCGAUGCCCCAAGCAAGUGCUCCUGGCAGCUGGGCAGGCCGGUCUCCGACUCUCCGCAUCACCACGCCACCUUGGCAAAAUCCCCCCAAAUCUUGCCAGAUAUCCUGAAGAAAAUUGGGGACACCCCCAUGGUGAGAAUCAACAAGAUUGGGAAGAAGUUUGGCCUGAAGUGUGAGCUCUUGGCCAAGUGCGAGUUCUUCAAUGCGGGCGGGAGUGUCAAGGAUCGGAUCAGUCUGCGGAUGAUCGAGGACGCCGAGCGGGCUGGGACUCUGAAGCCCGGGGACACCAUCAUUGAGCCGACGUCCGGGAACACUGGGAUCGGCCUGGCCCUGGCUGCUGCCGUGAAAGGCUACCGCUGCGUCAUCGUGAUGCCGGAGAAGAUGAGCACCGAGAAGGUGGACGUGCUGCGGGCCCUGGGGGCGGAGAUCGUGAGGACACCCACCACCGCCAGAUUCGACUCCCCCGAGUCGCACGUGGGGGUGGCGUGGAGGCUCCGAAAUGAGAUCCCCAAUUCUCACAUCCUGGACCAGUACCGCAACGCCAGCAACCCCCUUGCUCACUAUGACACGACCGCCGAGGAGAUCCUGCAGCAGUGUGAGGGGAAGCUGGACAUGCUGGUGGCUUCGGCGGGCACAGGUGGCACCAUCACCGGCAUCGCCAGGAAGCUGAAGGAGAAGUGCCCAGGUUGCAAGAUCAUCGGGGUGGAUCCUGAGGGCUCCAUCCUUGCGGAGCCCGAGGAGCUAAACCAGACGGAGCAGACCAUGUACGAGGUGGAGGGGAUCGGCUACGACUUCAUCCCUACGGUGUUGGACCGGUCGGUGGUGGAUCAGUGGUUCAAGAGCAACGAUGAGGAGGCCUUCGCCUUCGCCCGCAUGCUGAUUGCGCAGGAGGGUUUGCUGUGCGGUGGCAGCUCGGGCAGCGCCAUGUCGGUGGCCGUGAAGGCGGCCCAGGAGCUGCGGGAGGGCCAGCGCUGCGUGGUGAUCCUGCCCGACUCCGUUCGCAACUACAUGUCCAAGUUCCUGAGCGACAAGUGGAUGCUGCAGAAGGGCUUCCUGAAGGAGGAGGACUUCACGGUGACCAAGCCGUGGUGGUGGCACCUCCGGGUCCAGGAGCUGAGCCUGUCGGCGCCGCUGACCGUGCUGCCCACGGUCACCUGUGAGCACACCAUCGAGAUCCUGCGCAAGAAGGGCUUUGACCAGGUGCCCGUGGUCGACGAGUCGGGAGCGAUCCUGGGGAUGGUGACCCUGGGCAACAUGCUGUCGUCCCUGCUCGCCGGGAAGGUUCAGCCGUCAGACCAAGUUCGGAAAGUCCUGUACAAGCAGUUCCAGCAGAUCCGCCUGACAGACCCGCUGGGCAAGCUCUCGCACAUCCUGGAGAUGGACCACUUUGCCCUGGUGGUCCACGAGCAGAUCCAGUCACGGGACCUGGCCUUGUCGGGCAUGGUGGGGGGGCCCGCAGACCAUAGCGAUGGGAAGUCCAGCAAGAGGCAGAUGGUGUUUGGCGUCGUCACGGCCAUCGACCUGCUGAACUUCGUGGCUGCUCGGGAGCGGGAGCCGAAGACAAAGUCCGGGCCUGCCGGGGCCACCGUACAGCUCUGACGCCACCUGCGGGGGUCCGUGCUCUGUGGCUUCUGACCGCCCGAGCGCACACCCCGUGACUGCCGACUGCCUGCCGCUGGCUCCGCUCUCCCGUGAUGGGCAACAGGGAAGGUGGACGACGCUGAGCCCGCGGCCGGCAGGAAUGUUCAUUCCCCUUUACUAAUGCCUGGCUACCCUGUGGGUCUAUUUAUGGUUUGUUAGAGUAGAUGGCUUUAACUUUCUUCUAACCCGUUUCAACACGAAAAUCCGAGUAGAGCCCAGCCAGGUGGAGGCACCCAUGCGACGACAGGAGCAGCGCGGGUAGAAGCUGCAGCAGGUGCUUUUUCUCGGUCCCCCCGAGGACGGGGAGCAACAGAAAGGCGUCUGGGGAAGUGGGGUGCGUGCGAGGCCCCUCACACGCAGCAGGGUCUGCUUGGGGCUGGGUCGCUCAGAGGGACUUGUCUGGGGUUUUCU